AUGGCAAAGAACAGACCAAUUGACGUUAAAGGAAAGAAGGGUUUCAAAGUAUUAGUACUCAAUGAGACUAGCAAAAAGAUUAUAGACAGCUUACACUCCUUUUGUUCUUCAAGCUGUUCUUCCUUCAAGGAGGUAUUGUUAUUGGACAAUGAGAUUGCGUUUAAUGAGGCGAUUAUUGAGGAAAGAGAAAUACAGAAUCAAAUUGGGGAAGUAAAUGAGAUUUUUAAAGAUCUUGCUGUUUUGGUUCAUGAACAAGGAGCCAUGAUUGAUGAUAUCGGGUCAAAUAUUGAGAAUUCUCAUGUUGCAACUGCACAAGCAAGAAUCCAGCUUUCAGAAAGUAUAUUUAUUGGUGGUAAGGGACCAAUUUGCGAUGGAUAUUCCGUUGCUAAAGUCGUCGCCAGGAAAAACAAGUCCGUCGCUACAUCUCUAGCUAAGUCGUUAGCCACGUUAUAUUUGGCUAUGGAGUAA